CAUUCCUCUCCAAACCUCCACUCCGCUUUCCUUCUCAAGUCCAACGUGUUGCUGGAGAUCAGAGCUUUGUUCUGAGACGUUGCAGACUUUGCAUUGGAAACUGAAGAAUAAGCCAAUGGAAAGUUGCUAAACAAUGACUUUGGAUGCAUCUCACGUGUACACUAAUCCAGUUAAGAUGAGAGCAACUUCAAGAAGGCUGAAGUGGUGGAAUAAUAGCCUGUUUACAUGGAUGAGGAGUGCAGGAAUGAAGAUGAUGUGGCACUGAUGCUGCGAUUCGAGCAGAAGCUGCACGUUGACACUAGUGUUUGCAAUGGCUUUAAGGCUGUGCAUGAAGCUCAGACUGAAAUGUCGGUUUGUGGUGGCCUUCCUGUUUCUCUUCAGCCUGUCAGUGGCGAUAAUAUACACCCUUCCUCCAUUCCAAUCCGAGCAGAUCAGAGCGAACGUACGAGGCCCUCGCAAUAACAAACCUAGCAAGCUAUUGGAGAAGUGGUCUCUGAGACCGUAUAAGAAGCUUCCAGGCAAAUCCUUGAAGAACCCUGAAAUGAAAGAUUCCGCUAAACAUCUCCUGAUGUUCAGUCAUUUCCAUCAAACGUUUUCCUCUGGAAAAAUAGCUGAAGGAAAAGCAUCAACCAAGAAGCCUUCAAGCAAACAAUAUAUGAAGAAUCCAAACAAACAUCCAAUCAAGUCAUUCCGAGGCAGUGCCAAAAGGGCGCAAGCUGUUAGACUUCGAAAUAGCAGCAGCUCCAACACAACCAUCCAUCUCCUUCGCUCCAGACAUGACCAAGCAUUCCCUCAUUCCGCCAGCAUCCGGAGCCUCCGCCCAAAUAACAAGACAUGCAGGCACAAAUGCACUCCAGAUGGGGACAAAGUAGAGAGGAUUGUAGGCCACUUCUCCGAUGCACAGCAGGUGGUAAAACUGAAACAAGCCCCUAGAGAAGCAGGAGCACAUGAAAGACAAGCUGGGCCCUCUGAGAGGAAGAGGCCCAAAUUUAAAACAGAAAGAGAGGCUGAGGCUGGCAUCAGUGACUGGUGUAAGACUUUAAAUGAAAGCUGGAACCAAACCAAAGCAGAGUCUCUCCCCUGGUUCAGUGCGGAUGAUAUAAAGAAGAUGGCACUUCUCUCCAGAGGCACUGUUGUGAGUAAAGCCCGGCUUCCCGGCCAUGGACAAGUACUUCAAGUCGGAUUAAGCGAUAAAAAUGACACCUUUGCAUCUGCAGGUCAUCUCAAACGCUGCCAGAAAGAAAGCUGCGCUCUCAUAAAACGCCCUAAUGACUGGUCUGAAGUGUUCGCCUUUCACCUGGACAGAGUUUUAGGUCUGAAUCGGAGCUUGCCCGCAGUGUUAAGAGCAUUUCACAGUGAGAUUCUACCUUACAAAUACACAUCUGGAUCUCCCAGACCGGUGGUAUGGUGGGAUCCUAGCAUCCAACAUCUGUCUGAUGCUGAGAACGACCAGAACUCUUUCUCACUCACCUGGCCAGAAUAUCAGGCUCUGCUCAAGAGCAGAUGUGGAAUUCAGGUCCCGCUGAACUUCACCACAUGUGUGGGAGUUCAUCAUUCAGAGUGGGGGCGACUGGCCUUGUUUGACUUCCUGCUGCAGGUUAAUGACAGACUGGACCGGUCUUGCUGUGGUUUCAGAGCAGAUCCAUCCGAUCUGUGUAUUGAAAACCUGCUGCAUGUCAAAUGUGGAAACCCAAAGGACUUAAAUCUGGUGCACAUUCUGGUUCGGAAGACAGAACCAUCCAAACUGGUUUUUAUUGAUAAUGCAGGAAGACCUCAUCAACCACAUGACAAUUUAAACUUCAGACUGGUUGAAGGUAUUGAUGAAUCUUGUGAGAACAAAAAUGAAACGGACAGCAUUAAUAGACCAACCAGCGGACUGACCACAUUUCACAAGUCUGAAUGUUUAAUUGGUUUCCUGAGAAGGCUGUUUCAGUUCUGCAGUCGGGAUGUCUGGAGAAGAUGCUCCUUCACUCCCUGUCUGUGGAUCAGGAAUUCUGGCUGAGCAGAGAAGAGGCGUCCGGACUUAAAUCCCUCAUCCAGCACACAGAACAAAGAGCCAAGGCCUUGCUCCGGCACAUACAAGAGAAGAAUCUUCGGUUAAACAGAGAUCUAUAACUCUCUGAUGUUGGAAAUAACCAAAUAAUGAAUUCCCAGAUGACAGGAACAUUAAUGGAAUUAAUUUCAAUCGUCUAAAUUCAUUUAUAUGCUUGUCUCAAAUAUGUUUGCUGUGCUGUUUAGAAAGUCAAGCAAAGCAUGUUAGUUGGCUGAAAUAAGAGGAAGCAGUAUAUUUGCAUGGAUUUUUGAGGCGAUUUCCCUAAUCAGACUUGACAGUCCUUGAACUGUGAUUAACUGAUGCUCUCAGUGUCUGAGAGAAGAAAUCCCAGAUGGUCAUUUGCAGAGCAGGACUCAUGUAGAGGGCCAUCACUGUGAAGAGACCUGCACCAUGUCCUAACCAGAUACAAUGCAAAAAAAAAAAUCAACACAAGCUAUUUUUUUAUUUUAGUGCUAAAAGUAAAUGUGCUGUUUGACUGGACACUCAAACAUGGUGUCCUAACAACAUGUGACGAAACAAUAUUACAUUGACAAGCAACACACACACACACACACACACACACACACACACACAAAUGAUUCAAACUACUAAUUUAAAAUGAGCUGUAACAACAAUUCUUGAGUGUUUUUAAACAAUUUAAUUGUCGUAUGUUUAAUGCAAGAUGGGAACCUAAUCUAUUUGGGUUGGCAUAACAUGAAUGAAUUGUGUGGAACCCUGCAUUUGAUGACAAAAGCAUUUAAAUGUCAACCAUUCAAAAGCACUAUACUCCUAACAAAUGUGUUUAGAAUCUAAUGAAUAAGUAUUAAAUUGCAUUAACAUUAUUAAAAGUACAUUGCUGAGUAACUUAUGUUGUUGGUUUGCACCGAAUCAGCACUAGCAUUCAUUCAUUCACUCUUUACUUGCUAGUUAUAUUAUUUUCCAGAUCUGGGGUAAAUUAUCUGCUGGCAUUUUCAGUACGGCAAUAAAAGUCUCAUAAAAUGUGAAUCAACCUCAUACUGGUAACAUUUAGUGCAGAAUAAAGCACGUAUUUAGUA